AUGAAAAUAAAAAUUUAAGAUUAUUAAAGAGUUUUAGAAAAUUUUGUUUAAAAUAUCAUACUUGUUUCUAAAGAUCAAUUUAUUUAAAAAUCUAGAGAAAUAUUAGUUAAGAUUUAAAAUGACUUUAAGACUUAUUCAUAUGAAAUAAUUGAGAAAAACUCCUCGCAUUUACAAUAAAUAGUUCUUCCCUUAAGAGAAAAACAACUGUAGUAUUGUUUAGAGCAUCCAAAUUAAUAAAUAAUGUUAUUAGAUUUACAGGAAUAACCAGAUAAGAUGGAUAGAGUGGCAUGCCUAAAUUGUCUAAUCGACCAUCCAGCCAAAUACGAAACUUUAUAAGAUGCUGAAAAAAAAUGGAACUAAUGGGUAACAUUAAAAAAAAAUAAUUUAAAUAAUUAUGUAAGAAAAACAUAAGAUAAAGCUUUAGAAUUAACUAAUUUUCUUGAAGAAUGCAAACAAAAAAUGUUUCUAUUAGCUUAAUCAAUAUCAAUGAAAAUCAACUAAAAAACUAAAAAUUAAAUACAAUAAAUUAAAGAUACUUUUCAAAUCCCAAAAAAUGUUCGAAUAGAUGAGGUCAGUGUUUAGGAUUUAAUUAAAAUAGCAAAAGACAUUAGCAGUCCAUAAAACUAGGAAUAAUUUUUAGAAUUAUUAUAAACAGGAUUUAAUAAAUGGAAUGAAGAGAAUGAUUAAAUUUUGAAAGAGUUUGAAUUAAAAUUAUUUUGUUUGAUUAAUGAAUUAUAGAGUAAGAAGGAUAAAAAAAAUAAUUCAUUAGAAGACUAUAUGUAAACAACACAUCCAAUUAUAAAAACUGAAAUAUUAAGUCUAAGACAUUAAAUUGAGGAAUAAGAAAAAUAAAGUAUUAAUUAUAUUAAUUUAUAGUUAUAAAGAUACCGAUGAAAGAAAAUUAAUUAAAAGCAAAGGAUAAUUAAUAAUAAUAAUUAGAGAAUUAACUAAAAUCAAAGGAGAAUCAAAUAAAAUAAUUAGAAGGAUUAUUAAAAUAAAAGGAUGAACAAUUAAAAUAAUUAGAAAGUUAACUAUAAACAAAGGAUAAUCAAUUAAAACAAUCAGAAAACUUACUAAAAUCAAAGAAUAAUCAAAUAAAAUAAUUAGAGGAACAAUUUAAACAAUAAGAUAGUCAAUUAAAAUAAUUAGAGGGACAAUUAAAAUAGAAGGAUAAUUAACUAAAAUAAUUAGAAAGUUAACUAUAUUCAAAGGAUUCUCAAUUAAAAAAGUUAGAGAAUUCAAUAAAAUCAAAUAAGCAAUUCAAACCUUUCUAGGAAUAAUUAGAAUAAAAGGAUGAUUGUUUGAGGUAAUUAAAUAAUUAACUCAAUUAAAAAGAUUAACAAAUAAAAUAAUUAGAGGAAUAAUCGAAAUCAUAUAUCAAAAGUAUUUCACAAUUAGAAGGUUAGCUAUUUUUAAAGGAUUAAUAAUUAUAACAAGAAAAAAAGAAAUCUGAUAAUUCCUAGCAAUUUUUAGGAAACAAUAUAGGAUUUCAAAGACCUUUCAAAAUUCAGCUGAAAAGAUAUUGA